AUGACACGGUCGCUGACGACAGAAGGCAGCAAGUAUGGUUUCUACUCGCCUGCCAUGAGAUCAACGUUGUCUAACCAAGGGGACAGCGAGUCUUUGAACAAGUACGGCGGACUGCGGCGUGUACGAGAGGAUGUGCCUUGGCGGCUGUGGAUCGUGGCAGGUAUAGGAUUCUGGGAAAGAGCUGCGUUCUGGGGUCUAACUGCACCAUGGCAGAACUACAUGGAACAUCCGCUGCACCGUGAUGCAGGACAGCCAGCCGGGGCUCUGGGCCUCGGUCAGGCAAUGGCAACGCGGGUCUACUGCGCCUUUUACAUAUUCUAUUAUGCUGCGCCGAUCCUCGUCGCCAUUGUCGCGGAUAGCUACCUGGGGCGCUACGUCACGCUAGUUGCCAGCGUGGUGCUGUACUGCCUCGGAUGCGCCAUCUUGACCGUGAGCUCCGUGACUAGCGUCAUCGAGAGGGGGUGGGGUGUUCCGGGCCUUGCAAUCGCCAUGUUUCUCAUCGGUCUCGGAGGGGGAGGUUUCCGAGCGAUUGCGGUCCCGUUCAUUGCCGACCAGCAAACUGAGACAGAGCCCAGGGUCAUGACGCUCAAGACGGGAGAAGUAGUCGUCACAGACUACCAGAUCACUCUGCAAUACAUCUACAAUCUGUACUACUGGGUUGGCAACGUCGGCUCGCUGUCAUGGUUCGCGACCGUCUACAUAGAGACGCACGUCAAUUUCACGGCUGCCUACGGGCUGACGCUGGGGUUCAUGGUGAUCGCGCUCGUCAUGCUCGUUGGCGGCAGGCAAUACUACACCAGGGUUCCUCGCGAGCAGAAUGCUCUUCCCGAAGCGUUCAAGAUCGUCGUCUGCGCCUGUCGAAGUGGCUUCAAGAUGGGACGCGCAGAUCCCUCCUACCAACUCGAACACCGUCACAGGACGGUACCUUGGAGUACGCAGCUUGUCGACGAGCUUACCCGGGGUCUUCAGGCUUGCCGGAUUCUUCUCGCAUUCAUCAUGUUCUACAUAUGCUUCGACCAGAUGCAGAACAACUUGAUCUCCCAAGCCGGCCAGAUGCAGACCAACGGCACGCCGAACGACCUCCUGCCUGCGAUGAACCAGGUUGGCUGCAUAGUGCUUGGGCCUCUCAUCCAAGAAGUCCUAUAUCCAUUUCUCCAUCGCCGUCGCAUCUAUCCAACAGCGGUGAGCCGCAUCGCCAUCGGGUUCGCCUUCGUCACGUUGUCGAUGCUGUACGCCACUUUGGUACAGCUAUUCAUCUACCGGUCUCCGCCUUGCUACGAUCAGCCGGGAAGCUGCGGCCGCAACGAGAUCAACGUCUGGAUCCAGGCGCCUCUAUACUUGCUGAUCUCUGCUGGUGAGAUCUUUGCCUACGUGACCGCGCUGGAGUAUGCCUAUGACCACUCGCCCAAGGCCAUGAAGGUUGUUGUGCAAGCAAUCGGCCUGCUCGUUGGUAGCGUGGGAUCUGCGUGUGCGAUGGCGUUAACGCCGGUUGCACGAAACCCGUACCUCGUGACAUUCUACGCCUCGCUCACGGGGAGCAUGGCUGUUACAACCGUCAUUUUCUGGGCUCUGUUCCGCAGGCACGACAGCUCGCCAGUGUGUGUCGAGGGUACGGCAGGUCCGCCCGCUGCCGUAUUGGGCGUAACACAGCCGAGCAAUACUCGUCCGGCUGCCAACCAAGUGUCGGAUGAGGCGCCUUCGCUAAGUCCCAUUGAUGCUGGCGGUCCUAUCGAACUCCACAGCGGAAGUGACUGUUCGUCUCAGACCAUCCGGCGGCAGAGCCAAACUCCAAGCUGGAGACCUGCGAUUCCGCGCAAGAGCUCAAAGCGGCAGGGAAGGGAGGCAGAUGACCAGAUUAACUUUGUGAGCCGUGCUGCCCCUUCGACAUCGAUCCUAGGUCUGCAUGGUCAAUGCACGCCUGUGCCAAGUUAUCACUUUUCGCUACCACCUGCGGGCGGACGGGCGGCAUCAAGAGGCGGAGAGCGUCGUCCUUCGCCGUCGUGUUUGCAUCGGUACUACGCUUCAACGAUACAGCCAAGCGUUUAG